UCUGUGUCCGUUUGGUCUGUGUCCGUUUGUUACUGUGUCUAUUUCACACAGCUUGCUGUGUCCGUUUAUUACUGUGCGCAUCUGGGACUUACUUGUUCAAUGCGCCGAACGAAGUUGAGACUACUACAAUAAACAACGAAAAAAAUAAUGGUAAGAUAUAUUAAUUAAGAGAGAAUAAUAUUUUAUUGUAGAAUGUAUUUAAAAAAUUAAUUAUACAUUUAUACAUAAUACAGGAUCUUCAUUGGUAAAUAAUGUAUCGGACGAGAUUGAACCAUCAGCAAUAAAUAACGAUAAUGAUUAUGACAGUAAAAUAUUGAUAUUUUUAUAAUAAUAAUAUACUAUUUAAAAAAAAGAUAUAUAUAUACAUAUAUGAUGCAGGAUCUCUACCGGUGAAACAUGUGUCGGACGAGAUCAUAAAUUCGUUUAAACUCCUUGAAAAUUAAAUAUAUUAACAAUACAAACAGGAUGUGGCCGUGCGACAUAUGAUACGGCUGCAGAAGAAGAAAAAGAGAAAAAGGAGGAGGAGGGAGAGGUGAAGAUAGAACAGCUUGGAGAAAGAGAGGAUAUGCAACACGUUCAAGAUGCUAAUGGAGCGAGUAAACCGACAUCAUUUAAUAUUUUAAGAGAAAAUGGAUGCUAUUUUCAACGAUUUGACACUCAUGGACAUGAGAUAACAUUCGUUGUACGACAACCGCCAGAAAGUUUCGAUCCUUUAAGAUAAAGUAUUUGGAGAAGUACAUGCAUAUCUUACAAAUUCAAGCAAUCCUGACGAUUAUAUAGGCGUGACAUUUACUGCUGAUACUCUUGCCCAUGGGCCUGUGUGGCUGUCUUACCGUUAUGUACGAGAUUUUAGAAAUAUAGAUUUGUGGGAAUUAGUGAGUCGAGUUGCUCAAAGUGCCUCAGAUUUCCAUAUUAAUGAUAGCUGCACAUUAACAACUUGUAUAAUACGUCGCGCAAAUGGUGGUUCACGCACAAAACUAACCGUGGAUAAUGUGGCGAAACGAUCAAUAUUAUCAAUAACAAAUUCCGACAGUCUUUGCUUACCACGGUCGUUAGUAGCAGCACGAGCGUACGUGAAAUUCGUUCGGGCGAAUUACACAAACAUUGGAUGUCUAUACGUUUAUCUCGCGGCAGAUUACAAAAAGAGAAGGCUCUCGAACUUGUAAGAAAUGCAAAAGUAAAUAUACCUGAUAAUGGAUGUACAAUAGCAGAAUUAGAACAAUUUCAAAAAUAUUUAGCGGAAUUUGGCGUCGCUAUCGUCUUAUAUGAAGUUGAAACACUAGGUUACGGCGGAGAAACUUUAUAUGACGGUACGAGAUAUGUAAUGAAUUUAUUUAAUAGUAUCACACACACUUUAUGAUUUUUAUAUUAUCGUAGAAUACACCAUUUUGAACCUAUUUUAAACUUACGGGCUGCCGUAGGUAGUCGCGGUUUUUGUAUAGCUUAUAAUGUAGCGUAUACUAGAAUAAGUGAUCAUAAAUGUUUACAAAAAUGCAAUCGCUGUAUGGGGCAACCACCGUGCAUAACGGCUGUUAGCCCUCAUAUUAAAUGUAAUUCUUGUAAAAGAUCUUUUUACAAUAAUAAUUGUUUUCAACGGUAUUUAAAACCCAUAACGUUAGACAAUAAAAAAAGAAAAGAUAAAAAAAGUGUGUAUGAUACAUUAAAAAUAUGUAAUAUAUGUUCAAGAUUUAUUUCAACAGGUAAAAAGCAAAAGCACGAUUGUAAUAUUACGUAUUGCAAAAUAUGUAAAGAUUUUUAUCCUAUUAAUCAUUUAUGCUACAUUCAACCUACAAAACAAACUAAAAAUAAUCAGUCAAAAAUCGUUUUUUUGUUUUAUGACUUUGAAACACAACAAAAUAUGCAUGUUAAAGAAGGAUGAUAAAACGUUUGUACAUGUACCUAGUUUAUGCGUUGUUCAAUAAUCGUGCAGUUAUUGUUUAAAUGAUAACAGUGAUAUGUCAAAAAUAUGUCAAUAUUGCGUUGUGCGCGAAUAUAUAUUUAAUCAAGAUCCUGUAAAGCAAUUCGUUGACUUAGCAACAAAACCGUUACAUUUUUUCAAACGCACAAUCUGUAUUGCUCAUAAUGCAAAAGCUUUUGAUGCUCAAUUUAUUUUACGAUAUUUUGCUAUGCGAGGUAGUAUGAAUGAGAUGCCAUCAAUAAUAUUAAAUGGUACAAACAUCGUUGUAAUGACAAUAGGUCACACUACAUUUUUUGAUAGCUUAAAUUUUUUUCACAUGCCGUUAAGCGCUUUACCGAAAGCUUUUGCACUUGGUAGUUGUACUACAAAAGGCACAUUCCCGCAUUUAUUUAAUACACCUGAAAAUCAAAAUUAUAUAGGACCAUUACCAGAUAUAAAAUAUUAUUCACCAUGUUAUAUGCAUAACGAUGAACGCGAACGUUUUUUACUUUGGUAUAACAAGGAAAAACAUUCAAACUAUAUAUUUGAUUUUGCAAAAGAAAUUGUGCGAUACUGCAAAAAUGAUGUAACAAUAUUACGCCGAGCUUGUUUAGCUUUUCGUAAAAUGUUUAUUGAAUGUGGUAAGGUUUGUCCUUUCGAGGAGAGUACAACAAUAGCAUCGGCCUGCUCACGUGUUUAUCGUAAAAAUUUUCUUCAAAGAAAUAGUAUAGGUAUUAUACCUACAGGGGAUUAUCGACGGGGUCAAAAACAAUCGCGUAAAGCUAUUUCUUGGUUGAUUUGGAAGGAACAUGAAUUGGGUCGUAUUAUAACUCAUGCUGGGCGUGGUCGUGAAACACGGUUACCCGAAGUUAUCUUGGUUAACGGAUAUUACGAAGAAACUAUUGAGAACACGAUGAUUAAACAUGUUUUACAGUUUCACGGUUGUUAUUGGCAUGGUUGUUCCCGAUGAUAUACUGUAAAUAGAAACAGCGGUACUAGCACUGAUACCAUGGAUGCGCGUUUGGAACGCACACAGUUUAUUACAGCAAAAAUUAUAUCUGCCGGAUAUAUUUUAACAGAAAUGUGGGAGUGUGACUAUGAUCGUAUUUUAGCAUCUAGAGAAGAUAUGUGUAUAUUUUUAGAAAAAAACCAAACCUCUAUAUCGCUGAAAGUGUUAAAUCCGCGUGAUGCCUUUUACGGAGGUCGUACAGAAAACAUGGUAUCUCUGUAUGAUGUAAAGGAAAAUGAGAAAAUACAUUAUGUCGAUGUAUGUUCUCUUUACCCUUAUAUUUGUAAAACAGGUAAAUUUCCUGUAGGACACUCGAAAAUAUACGUUGGCGAAGAAUGUCGCGAAUUAACAAGUCCUACAGGUGUCGAAAUCGAUAAAAUAGAAGGCCUUGUUUACUGUACAAUAUUACCACCUCGUAAUCUUUAUCACCCUGUAUUACAAGUACGGAUGCAUGGUAAAUUAAUGUUUGCUUUAUGCCGUACAUGUUGCGAAAAUAAGUAUCAAUCAAAUUGUAUACACGAGGAUGUUACCGAUCGCGAAUUUACGAGUGGCACCCGUUUGGCCACGUCAAUAUUGGCCACGUCAUUAUUGACCACGAUCCCGAUUGACCACGGGGUGGA